UCAUAUUACUUACAUCAGUAAAGUGGAAAGUACUAGUAAAAAAUGUCUUGUAUUUGACACGUGUCAUUUAAUGCAAAAACUAGACAGCUGUUUGAAUCUCUUCACUAAAAUUACUAAAAUCAGUAAUUAAAAGUUCUGUCAGUGUAACUAUUGUGAUCAUACUGACUCGUAAAUUUUGAGAGCACUGUCCAUUCAAUUGUUAUUCAAAACUUUUUUUUGAAAUGUUACUGAUACUAUUUUCCAUUGUUUUUUCUGAAUUCCUGAUUAAUGGAUACUGUGCUGAGAAGAACGAUUUUUAUUCUAGUAUGGUAAGAGUAACAUUCAAAGCAGGGCACUCUCUGGAAUCACAUACUGUUCAAACAAAAGACGGAUAUUUAUUAACAAUUCACCGUAUUCCUGGCCCUUCAGGAUCAACUCCUAUAUUUUUGCAGCAUGGCAUUUUAGGAAGUUCUGAUUCUUGGAUUCUUACUGGAAGUGAUUCUCUUGCUAUUACUUUAGCAAAUUUGAAAUACGAUGUCUGGUUAGGUAAUUCUCGAAGUAGUGUUUAUUGCAAGUCUCACUCUGUUUAUAAAAACACAGAUGAAAAAUUUUGGAACUAUAGUUUUCAUGAGGUAGGGACUCAAGAUUUACCUGCAAUGUUAAAUUACGUGGCAAAUUACACGGGAAAAAAAAUAAUUUACAUUGGUUUUUCAAUGGGAACUACUUCUUUCUUCGUGAUGGCUUCUGAAAAACCAGAAAUGUCGGCAAACAUAAGUCUUGCAUUUGCACUUGCACCUGUAGCUUUUAUGAAUCACUUAAAGAUACCUAAUAUAAAAUUUGUCUUUAAAGACUCUUGGAUAUCAUCUUUUAUAUUUGGACAUAAAAGCUUCGGUGCGAAUAGUGGAUGGAAUGUAUUUCCUUUCAAAAACAAAUUAUCAUCAAUGAUUUCGCAUUGUAGUAACAAUCACAUUAAGAGUAAGUAUCGUUCUCGAGUCAUAAGGCAAUCGUUUGGCACAGCUUCAGUCAAAACAAUCAGGCACUUGGCACAACAACGUCAGACUGGAAAAUUUCGUCAAUAUGAUUAUGAUCCAAGAAAUCUUGAAAUUUAUAAUAGUACUUACCCUCCUGAAUACAACAUAUCACGGAUACAAAUUCCAAUGGUUCUGAUUGUAUCUAAAGGAGAUGUGUUUUCGACGCCUUCUGAUGUUGAAGACCUGGAGGAACUAUUGCCAAACGUUUACAAGAACAUAUUAGUAGAUCAUAAGAAUUUCUGUCACUACGAUUUUAUGUACGGAAGACAUGCUCAGGAAUAUGUUUACAAUCAAAUAGUGGAAAUUUUAGAAACAUUUAAAAAUUAAUAGAAAAUUACGAAAAAGUAAUGUAUCUUUUUAAAUAACAAUAGCAAAGCUUAUUUGUAAAUUGUUUCAAUAAAUUUUACAUUCAGUAUA